AGCUACUCUUACUUUCACUGUCGAUAAUAACAUGAAAGAAGUUAUACCAAUGAUCAUUAGCUCCUAGGCAAACAAGGGGUUGUGGGCAAUUCAAAUCUUUUUUAUGGGGAGUUAGGGUUACAGAAGCAUUGUUUAGAAACAUGAGGUGGCUUCUGGGCAGCAGCUGGAGCAAAUUUGGCCAUGCUGGAAGAGGAUCUUAUGACUGGAUGACAAGUGAGCCAGAAAUACCACUUCUGGAUACAAAGCUUCAGACAAAGCAUCCAAAUGAAUUUAACUCAACCAAAGAAGACUUGCGACCGUUUUUAUGUAUCAUUCUACCUACAACAGCUCUGUUGGUUAUAGGAUUUUUUGUGUUGUUUCUUUACCGAAAAUGCAGGCAUAAGACACCACAGGGUCAGCUUUUUUCCAUCGGUCUCCAGGAGAACAUGCCAGAAAGAGAAAUUGACUUCUUUUCCACCUUACACUGGAGCACAGAACCUUUUCAGUACUGUACACUCAUACCUGAUGCCUCCAUUCUUACUAUAUGUAUGCCUCCACCUUAUGAAAAAGCAAUUCUGAAGACCUCAAGUGAGGUUUGUUUAAACAUCUGCCAGGACCCAGUGCCUCCAUAUGAGGAAAGACCACGAAGGUCAAGCAAAUGAUAUUUGAAUUCUGAUGUGCAGCCUUUGGACUGGACUUCAGCUGGCACUGGUAGUCCAGAUACAUGAAUUUGCUAAGCAGCUUAAACCUAAAAAGGCUUUUUAAAAGUUGUUUUGACUUUUAAUUCUUCCCCAUGGUUAUAUAAAUUGAUCUCUUUAGCGAGAGUGUUAAACUGAGUAAGUUCAACAGACAAAACAUUAAAUGCAGAGGCAGAUAAUUGCACCUCAAACUGAGUAAAAAUUAGUCCAGUUUUAAGGGUAUUAAAUAGUUGCCAUUUUCCUGCACUGAACAAGAUGUAUACUUAUCUAAUUCUCCUACUUCAUUGCUCUUGCAUAUCCUACUGUGUAAAAAGGCCUUACCCUUUAAUGCUGGCAUGAAAUGCUUCAGCAGAUAAAUAUUGUAUUUUUGGACAUUCUGGUUAUUUUCGUAUAAUAUUAAUUCUGUUUUUUUUUUUUAUUUCAUUGUUGCCUAACAUAUAAAUACAGAACACAGGUAAUUAGUUAAAUGCAGCAUCACAACAUUGACCCAUACUUUUAGCAUAACUGAAAAUGUACAUGACUAUAACUAAAAUAAAAAAUACAUACUAGUAACAAA